GGGAGAAGCAGACUUCCCGCUGAGCGGGGAGCACGAUGUGGGACUGGAUCCCGGGACUCCAGGAUCAUGACCUGAGCCGAAGGCAGUCGCUUAACCAACUGAGCCACCCAGGCGCCCGCUACUGCAUAUUCUUAGAAGUUGCCUUUUGUUCCACUGGUGUCUUUGCUUCUGUGGUUCCUUCUCCUUGAUUUUCCUUUCUCUCAACCCUCUAACACUUGGUAUCUCCUCCCCAGCAUUUAUCACUUUCUUUUUGCCUCACACAAUGUUUUCAUCUUGUCUACCAGGCCCUAAGCCCCUCGAGGGUAGGUUGUUGUACCCCCAAAACAUGCUUCUAUCAAUUGCUACACAGUUCACUCAAAUAUCUGUACGGGGAUCAUUUCCCACACACCAUAGCCCGGCACCAUGUCCUGCUCAGAAAAGGUAAUAAUUAUUUGAAUGAGUGGAUGAUGCUCCACGCUCACCUCCCCCACCCUUCUGUCCGAUGUAGAGAGAGAGAGAAAAAAAAAAAAAACACUUGUUGCAUUUAAUUGCUUGGACAAAAACGACGGGAUAUGGAAAAAUUCUUCGUAUAUCCUUAAAGGCCACGUCUUAAAAGCAUAUUCUAGGUCGUUCCAGCUGCAAAAUCUUGACCUAGCCUCAGAGCAAUCCCAGCUGAGUUCUCUCCUUUUGAAGUUGGACGCCACCGAACUCCCACAGGGGCCUCAUCUAGAGGACCGCAGCAUGUGACAGGGACAAUGCCCCUUGCUCACUUCGGAGGCCAGGGGGCGGGGGCGAGACCUACAGAGCCGCCCGGCGGCACUCGGAUCAGCAAGUGCCACCUUGUCCUUUCCCCAGCGUUGUACAGUUUACAACGUGCCAUCGCGCUGGCCUCCUCCUAACAACGUCGUGAGGCAGAAAUUCUCACCUCCCUAAAGAAACAGAAGAUCGGAGGAGAGAUGAAGAGGAGAAGAGGCGUGGCAACGGGCUGUGGCGAGGAAGGCGGGUGCAGGUCCGGAGCCCGAGCAGGAUUUCAUUCCCGGCUCAGCCCUGACUGGCCGGGGGCCGCGGGGCGGGGGCGCAGAGGACGCGAGGGCCCUCCCGCUCCCACACCGCUGCAUGCUGAGGCGCUGCGAGGGGGCACGGUGUGAGGCGCCGGCCGCGGCAGCCCAGCCCCGCUCCCUCGGCGGCCCCACAGCAGCCCGCGCGCCCACCCCCUCGGCCGCUCUGCCGGAAGUCCCGCCUGCGCCCGCCGCGGCCGCCCCCCCAUUGGGCCCAGCGCCGGGGUCUCGCCGCGGGUUGGUCGCCAAGCGGCGUGAGCCCUGGGAGGACACUGCGAGCCCCGUGUGGGGGACCCGCUGGAGACCCGCUCAGACGCGGGGUUGGCGCGGGAGGCGGGGCGGGGAGCGCCGGGGCGGCCGGCGGGACUUCCGCCACGGGACCCGGAAGGGGCCGCGCCGCCGCUGGUGGGAGUUGUAGUCCGGCCGUGGUUGGGGGGGCCCGCGGCUCAUGCGCGGUGCACCGAGGCUUGUUUCACAUCUGUAACAACAGGAGGAGGCCCAGCCUCGUGAUGAGGAAUAGCAGGGAGAGAAUUCAGCUCCAGUUCAAAAGCCUACGCAAUCUGAGACCGUCACUGCUCGUGUAAGGAUUCCAGCUUUCCCUCCUGGCCAGAAAUGUUCAGCCUGGACUCAUUCAGAAAAGAUCGGGCCCAGCACAGGCAGCGUCAGUGCAAACUUCCCCCACCCCGCCUUCCACCCAUGUGUGUCAACCCUGCCCCUGGAGGGACCAUCUCUCGAGGCUGAACGUUAACAUUUCCAACAUGGCAGCUUCUAGGGACCUAUUAAAAGAGUUCCCACAGCCCAAAAACCUUCUCAACAGUGUAAUUGGAAGAGCCCUCGGCAUCUCACAUGCAAAAGACAAGCUGGUCUACGUGCACACGAAUGGACCGAAGAAAAAGAAAGUCACCCUCCACAUAAAGUGGCCCAAGAGCGUGGAGGUCGAAGGCUAUGGCAGCAAGAAGAUCGACGCCGAGCGGCAGGCGGCAGCGGCGGCCUGCCAGCUCUUCAAGGGCUGGGGCCUGCUGGGUCCCCGAAAUGAGCUGUUUGAUGCAGCCAAAUACCGCGUGCUAGCUGAUCGCUUUGGCUCUCCGGCUGACAGCUGGUGGCGCCCAGAACCCACCAUGCCACCUACUUCUUGGCGGCAGCUGAACCCUGAGAGCAUCCGGCCAGGGGGACCUGGGGGCCUGUCCCGCUCCUUGGGCCGGGAGGAAGAGGAGGAUGAGGAAGAAGAGCUGGAAGAGGGGACCAUUGAUGUCACCGACUUCCUGUCCAUGACCCAGCAGGACUCCCACACCCCACUCAGGGACUCGAGGGGGGGUUCCUUUGAAAUGACAGAUGACGACAGUGCUAUCAGGGCCCUGACCCAGUUUCCGCUUCCCAAGAACCUUCUGGCCAAAGUGAUUCAGAUAGCAACGUCGUCCUCCACAGCUAAGAACCUCAUGCAGUUCCAUACUGUGGGCACCAAGACCAAGCUGUCCACCCUCACUCUGCUCUGGCCCUGUCCCAUGACCUUUGUCGCCAAAGGGCGCCGCAAAGCAGAGGCUGAGAAUAAGGCGGCAGCCCUGGCCUGCAAGAAACUGAAGAGCCUGGGCCUGGUGGAUCGCAACAACGAGCCGCUUACCCACGCCAUGUAUAACCUGGCCUCCUUGCGUGAGCUGGGCGAGACGCAGCGCCGGCCGUGCACCAUUCAGGUGCCUGAGCCCAUCCUCCGAAAGAUAGAGACCUUCCUGAACCAUUACCCUGUGGACAGUUCCUGGAUCUCCCCGGAGCUCCGGCUGCAGAGUGAGGACAUCUUGCCCUUGGGCAAGGACUCAGGGCCCCUGAGUGACCCUAUCACAGGCAAGCCCUACGUGCCCCUGUCAGAAGCAGAGGAGGUACGUCUGAGCCAGAACUUGCUGGAGCUGUGGCGGCGGCGAGGGCCAGUCUGGCAGGAGGCCCCCCAGCUCCCCGUGGACCCGCAUCGGGACACCAUCCUCAAUGCCAUCGAGCAGCACCCAGUGGUGGUCAUCUCUGGGGACACAGGCUGUGGCAAGACCACACGCAUCCCCCAGCUGCUGCUGGAGCGCUAUGUGACCGAGGGCCGUGGCGCCCGCUGCAACGUGAUCAUCACCCAGCCGCGGCGCAUCUCUGCUGUGUCCGUGGCACAGCGGGUCAGCCACGAACUGGGCCCCUCUCUGCGCCGGAACGUGGGUUUCCAGGUGCGGUUGGAAAGCAAGCCCCCGGCCCGCGGCGGGGCCCUGCUCUUCUGCACCGUGGGCAUCCUGCUGCGGAAGCUGCAGAGCAACCCCAGCCUGGAGGGCGUGAGCCACGUCAUUGUGGACGAGGUCCACGAGCGGGACGUGAAUACAGACUUCCUGCUGAUUCUGCUCAAGGGCCUGCAGCGGCUCAACCCGGCCCUGCGGCUAGUGCUGAUGAGCGCCACAGGUGAUAAUGAGCGCUUCUCCCGCUACUUUGGUGGCUGCCCUGUCAUCAAGGUGCCGGGCUUCAUGUACCCGGUCAAGGAGCACUACCUGGAGGACAUCCUGGCCAAGCUGGGCAAGCACCAGUACCCGCACCGGCACCGGCACCACGAGUCUGAGGAUGAGUGUGCACUCGAUUUGGACCUUGUGACGGAUCUGGUUCUGCACAUCGAUGCCCGAGGGGAGCCAGGUGGGAUCCUCUGCUUCCUGCCUGGUUGGCAGGAGAUCAAAGGAGUGCAGCAACGCCUCCAGGAGGCCCUGGGCAUGCACGAGAGCAAGUACCUCAUCCUGCCAGUGCACUCCAACAUCCCCAUGAUGGACCAGAAGGCCAUAUUCCAGCAGCCGCCAGUUGGGGUGCGCAAGAUUGUUUUGGCCACCAAUAUCGCGGAGACGUCGAUCACAGUCAAUGACAUCGUGCAUGUGGUGGACAGCGGUCUGCACAAGGAGGAACGCUAUGACCUGAAGACCAAGGUGUCGUGCCUGGAGACUGUGUGGGUGUCACGAGCCAAUGUGAUCCAGCGCCGGGGCCGGGCGGGCCGCUGCCAGUCAGGCUUUGCCUACCACCUGUUCCCGCGGAGCCGGCUGGAGAAAAUGGUCCCUUUCCAAGUGCCGGAGAUUCUGCGCACGCCCCUCGAGAACCUGGUGCUACAAGCCAAAAUCCACAUGCCUGAGAAGACGGCGGUGGAGUUCCUUUCCAAGGCUGUGGACAGUCCAAACAUUAAGGCGGUGGACGAGGCUGUGAUCUUGCUCCAGGAGAUCGGAGUGCUGGACCAGCGGGAGUACCUGACCACCCUGGGGCAGCGCCUGGCCCACAUCUCCACCGACCCCCGGCUGGCCAAGGCCAUAGUGCUGGCCGCCAUCUUCCGUUGCCUGCACCCGCUGCUGGUGGUCGUCUCCUGUCUCACCCGGGACCCCUUCAGCAGUAGCCUGCAGAACCGGGCGGAGGUGGACAAGGUCAGACCCGGCCCCUCCCCCGCCCUCUGUCCGGAAAGCCGCCGCCGCCACCGCUCACCCUGUGGCCCUCCCGCUCCCUCCCAGGUGAAGGCGCUGUUGAGCCAUGACAGCGGCAGUGACCACCUGGCCUUCGUGCGGGCCGUGGCGGGCUGGGAGGAGGUGCUGCGCUGGCAGGACCGCAGCUCCCGUGAGAACUAUCUGGAGGAAAACCUGCUCUACGCCCCCAGCCUGCGCUUCAUCCACGGACUCAUCAAGCAGUUCUCAGAGAACAUUUACGAGGCUUUCCUGGUGGGAAAGCCCUCCGACUGCACCCUGGCCUCUGCCCAGUGCAACGAGUACAGCGAGGAGGAGGAGCUGGUGAAGGGCGUGCUCAUGGCCGGCCUCUACCCCAACCUCAUCCAGGUGAGGCAGGGCAAGGUGACCCGGCAGGGCAAGUUCAAGCCCAACAGCGUCACUUACAGGACCAAAUCAGGCAACAUCUUGCUGCACAAGUCGACCAUUAACAGGGAGGCCACGCGGCUGCGGAGCCGAUGGCUGACGUAUUUCAUGGCUGUCAAGUCCAACGGCAGUGUCUUCGUGCGGGACUCCUCGCAGGUGCACCCGCUAGCUGUGCUGCUGCUGACCGACGGGGACGUCCACAUCCGUGAUGAUGGGCGCCGGGCCACCAUCUCCCUGAGUGACAGUGACCUGCUGCGGCUGGAGGGGGACUCGCGCACUGUGCGGCUGCUGCGGGAGCUGCGCCGGGCGCUGGGCCGCAUGGUGGAGCGGAGCCUGCGCAGUGAGCUGGCCGCGCUGCCGCCGGGCGUGCAGCAGGAGCACGGGCAGCUGCUGGCGCUGCUGGCGGAGCUGCUGCGGGGGCCCUGUGGCAGCUUUGACGUGCGCAAGACGGCAGACGACUGAGCCCCCCCCCCCCCCCGUCUGCUGGGGCCGUGUACAGAGUGCAAAUGUUUAUUUAAAAUAAAGUUCUAUUUAU